AGAGAGAGAGAGAAGAGAGAAAAAAAAAGGGCUAUCGGUUGCUGAACAUGCCUUUUUCCCCUCAUUUCAUUGUUUGUUCAUGUGAUUUAUCAUAAAAAAAAAAAGGCAGAGAGGGGGUCUAUUAAAUUUGUCACUGUGAAUGAUUUGUUUAUUUGAUAUGUACUAGAGAUGGGAAAUAUACGUUAUAUAUAAAGUAUAGAUAAAUAAAGAGGGAAGAGUAAGAAAGUAUGUAUUACAAAGAUGAUGAUAUUAACAGAAAAGUGAUUAAAUAUUAUACAAUUUCCAGCAAGCUACAAUGGGGGACGGGAGGCGGGGCGAACAAUAAACAUCGUCUUCUCCUGUUAGUGAAAUGUAGUUGUAGUAGAAUGUGCGUUAUAUGCAGCAUUGACAGCGGUUGGGUGGUAUUGAUCAUGGUGAGGGAAGUGUUGCUGUUGCUGCUGCUGCUGCUGCUGGUACAAAUUGGGCUGCAAUGCCGUAUUAUCAUAAGCAGCGGUCGUUGUGGUUGUCGUAUCCGUGUUUGUGGGAUGACUGACAUUCGACCAUUUUUGUUGAUCCGGUGUAGGCGAGGCAACAGUAUAUGGAUGUGGCGAUCGCUUUUCAUCGUCGUUCUCCUGUUUCUUAUCGGUACUGGCAGUGUUGUUAUUUGCUGAAGGAGGAGACUCUUGACCUGGUAAUUUCCCAGUUCGUUCCAAUUCCUCAACCUCUUUAGCGGCUAGUUGUCAUUUGAAAAAGAAGCUAUGCGUCAGUAGGUGCAAAAAAAAGAAACGAAUCAUCAAUAAAGUAAGGUAACUCACUCAAAAAUCUUCCACCGGGCCCUCUAGGACGACGCAUGGCGUGCUUAUGUCUGCUUUCAUGUAAAUAAGGCUUUCUUGUUUUUGAUAAUUUAUUCAGCUCCUCCAAUUUCGCUCUGGCUGCUCUGCGUUUUAAUAUACGAUGGUAUUGUUUUGCAUUUACGUACAGUGGCUCUUCUUGUUGCUGAAUAUCGUUGCCGCUGUGUUGAACAAGCUGUGGUGGCUGUGGUGGCUGUGGUGGCUGUGGUG